AUGAACCUCUCCCUCAUUGACCCAUUUGUUCUGGCUCAGGAAUACCCAGAUACAUUGACUGAGAAACUUAGCAGCGGUCAUGCAACCUGCCUUCGCUUCAACCACACAGGCGACUACCUAGCAUCCGGUCGAGUGGAUGGCACUGUGGUCAUCUUUGAUAUUGAAACAAACGGUGUCGCGCGCAAGCUUCAAGGCCACACUCGCCAGAUCCAGUCUCUGAGCUGGUCGCGAUGCGGUCGCUAUCUCCUGACCUCAUCCCAGGACUGCAAGUGUAUAUUGUGGGACUUGGACGAUGGCUCGCGCAUACGUACCGUUCGAUUUGAGGCACCAGUGUACAUUGCUGAGCUCCACCCGUUCAACCACCUCCUAUUUGUGGCUUCCCUCUUCGAAGACCAACCUGUCCUCGUCGAUGUCUCCAAAAGAACACCCGUCAAACGCAUCCUCCCUUCUGCCCCCCUCCGACCCAAAUCCACAGAGAGCGAGGAAGUAGACCCAGCGUUGGCAGCCAAGCAAGCUAUGCAAGAUGCCAAACACUCAACCUGCGUCACCGUCUUCUCAGCCUUAGGAAACCACAUCAUUGCCGGAACCUCGAAAGGCUGGAUCAACAUUAUCGAAACCGAAACCUGCAGGACAAUUCACUCCACGCGUCUCUGCAACGGAGUGGUUAUUCUCCUCCGUCUUGCCCGUAACGGACGAGACAUACUGGUCAACAGCUCAGACCGUGUCAUUCGCACCGUUCUAAUGCCCGACCUAUCCCAACUCGGCAUCGACCUCGAAGAAUCCAACAUCAAGCUCAUCGUCGAACACAAGUUCCAGGACGUCGUCAAUCGGCUGAGCUGGAACCACGUCACAUUCUCAUCGACUGGCGAAUUCGUCACCGCGACAACCUACAUGAACCCAGACAUCUACGUCUGGGAACGCAGCCACGGAUCCCUCGUCAAGAUCCUCGAAGGCCCACGUGAGGAACUCGGCGUAGUGGAAUGGCACCCCACACGACCAAUGGUUGUAGCCUGCGGUCUGGAGAGUGGGUGCAUCUAUGUAUGGUCAAUCAUCAGCCCACAGAAAUGGUCCGCCCUGGCACCGGAUUUCGGUGAAGUAGAGGAGUGCGUCGAGUACAUGGAGCGCGAGGAUGAAUUUGACCUGCACCCAGCAGAACAGGUGCAUCGGCGCCGAUUAGACCUGGAAGACGAGGAGCCUGAUGCCGUCACCGCUGAUCCGGCUAAGGAUACGGCCGACUUUGAUCUCGCGGGUGCCUUUAGUGUCCCCGUUCUCCUGGACGUCUCAGACAGCGAGAGUGGAGAAGAUAUCAUCGCCGUUGGCCCUGGUACCAUGCGCCGAAGAACCCCUGGUGCAAGCCGGGACGCUGCCGAUGGCGACGUGGACAAAGACACUCGUGCUAAUGGUGUUUCCCGAGGCACAGGUCGGAACCGUCGGCGUUGA